GGUCGGCCGUGCACGUAAGGUCUGGGCAGUUGGUCAGGGGUGCUGUGGAGACAACGAGGUCCGGGGUCGGUGGAGCCGACGCGGGGGGCACGGGCCGGGACAGACCAUGGAUGGCUCCUUCAUCCAGCACAGCGUGAGGGUUCUGCAGGAGCUCAACAAGCAGCGGGAGAAGGGCCAGUACUGUGAUGCCACCCUGGAUGUGGGGGGCCUGGUGUUCAAGGCCCACUGGAGUGUCCUGGCCUGCUGCAGCCACUUCUUCCAGAGCCUCUAUGGGGAUGGCUCAGGGGGCAGCGUUGUCCUCCCUGCCGGCUUUGCCGAGAUCUUUGGUCUCCUGUUGGACUUCUUCUAUACUGGUCACCUUGCUCUCACCUCAGGAAACCGGGAUCAGGUGCUCUUGGCAGCCAGGGAGUUGCGAGUGCCAGAGGCUGUGGAGCUGUGCCAGAGUUUCAAGCCCAAAACCUCAGUGGGGCAGGCAACGAGUGGCCAAAGCGGGCUGGGGAAGCCUGGCCCCCGGAAUGUGAAUAGCCACCUCAAGGAGCCGGCAGGCUUGGAGGAGGAGGACGUUUCGAAGGCGCUGGGUCAGGUCCCCAGGGACCAGGAGAUCAGUGGCAAUCACAGCCCCGAGAGGCCCCACAGCGAGAGCCCCUCCUUUCACCGCGGGAAACUCAAGCCGACCUUAAAGCUUUGUCCCUCAGAGGACAAGGAGCCCGAGGAUUGCAAAGUCCCCCCUAGGCCCUUUGAGGCUGAAGGUGUUCAGCUGCAGAGCGGGAAUAAUGAGUGGGAAGUGGUGGUUCAAGUUGAGGACGACGGGGAUGGUGAUUACGUUUCAGAGACUGAGACCUUGCCAACCAGGAGGAAAUCAAACGUGAUCAGAAAGCCGUGUGCUGCUGAGCCAGCCCUGAGCGCAGGUUCCCUGGUAGCAGAGCCCGCUGAGAACAGAAAAGGUACAGCGGUGCCAGUUGAAUGCCCCACAUGUCAUAAAAAGUUCCUCAGCAAAUAUUAUCUAAAAGUCCACAACAGGAAACACACUGGGGAGAAACCCUUCGAGUGUCCCAAAUGUGGAAAGUGUUACUUUCGGAAGGAGAACCUUGUGGAGCACGAAGCCCGGAAUUGCAUGAACCGCUCCGAACAGGUCUUCACGUGCUCCGUGUGCCAGGAGACCUUCCGCCGGAGGAUGGAGCUGCGGGUCCACAUGGUGUCCCACACCGGAGAGAUGCCUUACAAGUGCUCCUCCUGCUCCCAGCAGUUCAUGCAGAAGAAGGACUUGCAGAGCCACCUGAUCAAGCUGCACGGCGCCCCCAAGCCCCACGCCUGUCCCACCUGUGCCAAGUGCUUCCUGUCCCGGACGGAACUGCAGCUGCACGAGGCUUUCAAGCACCGUGGGGAGAAGCUGUUCGUGUGUGAGGAGUGUGGGCACAGGGCCUCCAGCCGGAAUGGCCUGCAGAUGCACAUCAAGGCCAAGCACAGGAACGAGAGGCCGUACGUCUGUGAGUUCUGCAGUCACGCCUUCACCCAGAAGGCCAACCUCAACAUGCACCUGCGCACGCACACCGGCGAGAAGCCCUUCCAGUGCCACCUCUGCGGCAAGACCUUCCGCACGCAAGCCAGCCUGGACAAGCACAACCGCACCCACACGGGCGAGAGGCCGUUCAGCUGUGAGUUCUGCGAGCAGCGCUUCACAGAGAAGGGGCCCCUGCUGAGGCACGUGGCGAGCCGCCACCAGGAGGGCCGGCCUCACUUCUGCCAGAUCUGUGGGAAGACCUUCAAAGCCGUGGAGCAGCUGCGCGUGCACGUCAGAAGGCAUAAGGGGGUCAGGAAGUUCGAGUGCACGGAGUGUGGCUACAAGUUCACCCGGCAGGCUCACCUCCGGAGGCACAUGGAGAUCCACGACCGGGUGGAGAACUACAAUCCGCGGCAGCGCAAGCUCCGGAACCUGGUCAUUGAGGACGAGAAGAUGGUGGUGGUGGCACUGCAGCCCCCCGCCGAGCUGGAGGUGGGCUCUGCUGAGGUCAUCGUGGCGUCCCUGGCUCAGGGCGGCCUGGCCUCCCAGCUCCCUGGCCAGAGACUCUGUGCGGAGGAGAGCUUGGGGAGCCCGAGUGUCAUGGAGCCCUCACUCAUCAUCACAGCGGCCAUCCCCGAGGACUGUGACACAUAGCUGCCCUACUGCCAUCUCCUGCUUGGCCCCAGCCCCCAAUAAACCACACGGCUUUGGACUUCA